AUCCUCACCCCGUCCUUGCUGACUUUGAUCUUGCGAUCGAGCUUGAUGAAGUAGGUAUAAAAACGAAGCAGUACGGAACGCAAACGUAUAUAGCGCCGGUAAGUUGCUCAUAAUUUGAGUCAAGAACGAGCGGACAAAACUAAUACAAGAUCUUGGAACAGGAAAGUUUUUACCCAGAGCAGAAAACAGAACCCUUAUCGAACAGAACGGACAUAUGGGGUCUAGGUGUGGUAAUUCGGGACAUGAUGCAUAGCUUUCUCGGGGAACAAGAAGCCAAAGAAACGCGUAAACAAGCAACUAGAAACGCCCGCGACCAAGCCGACGGUUUCUUCUUUGGUGCAUUGCCCUCGACUCAUGGACCAAGCUACACAAAUAGAGUCUCCGGCCUUGUUGACGGAUGCACGCGAAUUCUAGCGUCAAGGCGACCAUCUCCAUAUCGACUCUUGCAGAGGAUCAGAAGUACGAUCAAAAAGACAGAGAGAGUACUGGGCAGCUUUGAGGGAGAGGUACCCGACCACCUCAGGCUGAGGUAUCAAGAAGACCAGUUCCCGCUAAGCAGGAAAUUCGAUGUGAAAAGGAUGCGGGCGGGCGAAGAUGAUGUAAGUGGUGGUCGGAGACCUGGUAGCGGUGGAGGCGGACCGGGGGGGGAUGCGGGGUAUGGAGGCGACGGAGGCGAUGGAGGCCCCGGUGGCGGUGGAGCUAGCCCAGGGCAAGGACAAGGAAGAGAAGGAAGAGGAGGUGAUGACGCUGGCGCUGGCGCUGGUGCUAAUGGAUUCACUGCAGGCCGCAGCGACCCGAAGCAAAGAGCAAGAUCAGGUGAGACUCUCGCGGACGGUGGCAGCAAGGAGCGAUCGAGUAGAGGAGGCGGGAGAGACGAAGAGACCGGCUCCACUCCGAAGGACUUCUUCGCUCAGCCAAACUGGCAGAACCAGCCUCUCUCAACAAUCGAGGCCGCAGUUGAGGAGCACCUAGAGAAGGGCGGGACGCUGGCAAAUCUCCCGAAAGGAGUCAUGAAGCUUAUGAAAGGGCGCAAAGAAGGCGAGUUAGAACGUGCGACGUCACCUGAUCCUUUCACCUGGGAGGUAGACAUGGAAAAGCGAGGAGCAAAGAGAGGUAGCGGCUUUCAUGGCGGAAAGAGACGGAAGAGACGCCGGAUUGCGGUGAUCUAAACAGGAAAUGAUGCAGAACCAACCGUAGAGGGACAAAACCAUCUCUCACUCUCUCUUGAGUACUAAGGACCAGUUGGCUGCUGUGGUUUCGCGUCGGCGAAGUUGAAGAGGCGUGAGAGUGUCAUGAAGGGGAAAA